AUCAAACCAGUAGAAGAAGCAACUGAACUGAACGCUGCCUGUGUCACACUCAUCAACACAACUUAAAAUGACAGAGUCUGAGAGAACUGGUCAAGAGACCAAGGGUAAACCUACGAGUUUCCGGUCCCAGAAGGAAAUGUUUGAGAAGAUGGAGGAAUCUUAUAAAAUCUGUGCUAAUUGUGAAAAGCGACCUGGUCAACUUUCAAACCCACAGAAUUUGAAGCGUUGUUCCAGAUGUCUAAAUGUGUACUACUGCUGUAAAGACUGUCAGAAGGAGGAUUGGCCCAAACACAAGAAGUUCUGCGCACAGCUGCGACUAGCUGCCAUUGACAGAGUCGUGGAAUGGCUUGUGUUUAAAGGGGACCUUCCAUUCCCUACAGAAAAAUGGUCAAAGCCCCAGUCAGAGAUCAAGGGUUGGGAUGACUGGCUUGCCAUGCAAGGAGACCUCACGUCACGCCUUGAACCCAUUAUGAAUGGUGAAAACAUGAAAGACUUGUGGGCCAAUGCAGGCAGGCCUCGACCUGAGGAUGAUGAUCUAAAGCAGUCGCUGUGGAGAGUCUGCAGUGAGUUCUUCUCCAGGCCGAUGACUAUAGCCUGGGGGAUGAGGUUGUUUGGGCUUGAUCCGUACUCCAAACCACUCACCAUUCACAUUGUGGGAGCAGGCCACAGUGAAACACUGGCAGCCAGACUAACCGAUUAUGAUGAGCUAAACAAAAUGUUCCCCGGACACCAGGGCAUCGAGAUAGUGAUGGUGGGACCGGAGGUGUUGGACGGCCCCAUUGUGAGGCCUCCUCUUAGAGCAUUUGGCCCCAAGCAGAGGGUCUAUAUCAGUGUCUACAAGGGUCUGUACCAUCAGUUGUGGGAGGAGCUGGUGGAGAAAGAGGAGGCAGCCAGGCCAGACCUGGUGGUUGGAUUUCAUCCAGGUUUUGAUGCCAGUCAGGGCCUGGAUGAGGGUUGGCUUCCAACACUUCUGCUACUCAGAGAUUACGAGAUCCCUUCUCUCUUUACUGCUCUAAGCGAAACAGAGAUGACGUACUCCCUGCAAAUCUUGUUGGAGCUGGAGAUGGACAUGAAAGGAAGUGGAGCCAACCCCUUUACAUCGCUGAAGCCAGAGGUGGUGGGCUCUUCUUUUAACAAGCCCCCCGUUUACUGCAACUCGCACUACUUCUGUUUUCAGGGCCUGCUGGAGUCUGUGGAGUUCGAGGCACCGGAGGAGGCGUGAAGGAGCAAUGAAUGCCUAUACAUGUGUUUUGCUGUCUUUCAAAAACUAAUUCUAUUUGGAUUUUGUAGUUCUGUUUUUACACAAACAAUGCGUUAUGUUAUAGUAUAAUAUAGAAAAACCUUUCAAAUGAUUUGAAUACUUUUAUAUUGUGUUGCACUUGUAAAGUCAGUACCUUUUUAGAUUGUGCCUGCUAGUGUGAGCAUAUGACAUUUGCAUUCACUAUCACAGCUUUGAAUAUUAGAUUAGAUUUGAAUAAACUGGUCAUUGAGCUAUUAUUGUACCAGCAGAGACAAUAAAACUUUGUUGUAAUACUGAAAUGUUAACUGACAUUUUAAGCUACAAUAAACAUUUCCUAUUAUUAAAUGUAAUAAAAG